GCACCCAGAAAGUUCAGUCGGACAUGGCUGCUCUGAAGAAAGUCCUGAUCGCAGCCACUGUUGCCGCUAUAGCGGCUUUUUUCGGACACGCAUUUCUUAAAAUAAACAGGCUGAGCCUUGCCUCCAGAGAAAUGCCUGUCAAGCACCUCAAGUGUCAUUAUUUACCUAAUAUAGAGUAUGGGGCAGAGGAUAUCACUGUACUUAAAGAUGGACUGGCCUUCUUAAGCACAGGACUGCACGAUUACCUUGACAUGCCUUCGUUCUCCAAUGAACCAGGAAAAAUGUACGUUUUGGACCUGCUGCACCCAAAGCCAACCCCAGUGGAGCUGCAAAUCAAAGGAGAACUAGACCUCAACUCUUUUAACCCGCACGGCAUAAGUGUAUACACGGAUGAAGCAGAUGACUCUAUAUAUCUGUUCGUUGUCAAUCACCCUCAGCGCAAAAGCCAGGUAGAGAUCUUUCGUUUUGUUUGGGAUGACACACUUGUGCACUUAAAGACUGUUGCACAUCCUUUACUGCACAGUGUGAAUGACAUUGUCGCCGUUGGACCAGAGCACUUCUACGCCACAAAUGAUCGUUAUUUUCACAAUGCUGCACCUCAAGUGCUAACUGUGGUCCUGAGUCUGCCCUGGUGUAACGUUGUGUACUACAGCCCGGAGGAAGUGAGGGAGGCAGCUGGUGGCAUUCAGUCUGCAAAUGGGAUAAAUAUAUCUCCAGACAAACGGUAUAUUUAUGUAUCUGAUGUUCUGGACCACGAGGUAGAUGUCUUUGAGCGAUUAGACGGAGAACAGUUGGUGUACGUUAAGUCUGUUGCAGUUGGAAGACUUUGUCAGAACAUCGAGGUGGACCAUGUGACAGGUGACGUUUGGCUGGGCUGUCAUCCAGAUGCCACUAAAUUGUCCAAGUUUGAUCCUGAAGAGCCACCUGGCUCUGAGAUCAUCAAGAUCAAGAGCAUCAUCUCAGAUCAGCCAGUGGUGACCCUGGAAUACGGAGACGACGGCCAUGAGCUGAUGGGCUCCACUGUUGCAGUGCCCUACGAGGGAAAGCUGCUCAUUGGCACACUUUUUCACAAAGCCCUCUACUGUUCUUUGAAAUAAACUGAAGUGCAAACCAACAUUACAAAAUCUGAAACACUUCUACAAAGUCUGACCCAAAUUUACUUUUGAGAAAACAAAUUUACAUUUCAGAAAACAAAUUUACAUUUCAGAAAACACAUUUACAUUUCAGGAAAUACAUUUACAUUUCGGAAAACACCAGCUGUAAAAGCCUCCAGGAUGCUGCCACAGCGGCUGCCUCCGUUAUACUGCCGUCAAGCCAGCUCACUCCACUUCAAAAAUGAUGAUCAAAUCAGCCCUCUGUUUUUUUGUACGCAAAAACAUGAAUCAUGAAAAAUGGCGCUUGCUGAGAUCUUAGUAAAAUUAAUAUUUUUGAAAUGAACUGACUCGUGGUGGUUGAUGUCAUUGUUGCUGUUAUUUAUAUUAGAUAUUUAAAAGUCCGCACGCGAAUAUGUAGAUAUGACAUUUUAGUUUUUGUCAAUGUUUUAUGUGGUAAUUUGUGUGGUUAUUUGUGAAUGCUCAUUUAUAUUCCCUAAGCUCCCACGCUUAUUAAAACAAAAUUGUUUCCAGUGACCAGUCUUACUUCACGUUGACGGAACACAUCCAGAUGUCACUCAUCAAAUUUCACCCACAUCUGAUGUGGAAUUUCAAAAUUAAAGCCCGUCAAUUUUAGACAUUUCCAUCUAUCUUUUACCACGUUGUCGAAUAUAUUCAUGAUAUGUUUUAUUGUCCGAUCAUUUGUGAUCUCUUAGCACUUGAAAUAUGUUUUAAGGAUGACUAUGUGCAACUGCCACACUAGUCGGAGUCGUUCCAAAAACAGGGCAAACGGCACUCAAUUGCUGUCCAUCUUGCUCCCGUUACCACUUCCUGGUCAGCGUCAGAAUUGGUAUAUUCCCCUUCCAUAAGAUUUUGUCAUUUGUAAAAGUGUUUUGUGUGUUGUUAAAGUGUUUUCUCAAAUGUAAAUUUGUUUUCUGAAAUGUAUAUUUGUCUCAGGCUUAGUAAAAGUAUUUCAGAUAUUGUAAUGUUAGUUUGCACCUCCUGGCCGCCGUAACAAUCACACUGUCCAGUAGCUAAACAAAAAAUCGAAUUCCUUAUUUCUCUUGUACAAUGAAACCAUUUGGGUCUGACAUAGAAGAGGAGUAUGAGAAAAUAGAAAAACAUGAUCACAGCUUGUUUUUCCUGGUGUUUACACCUAGAUGUCUUAUACUGCUGAAAGAUUUGGUGUUUGGUGCCACUUUAUUUUGGUAGCCAAAAAUAUAGGAAUAGUUUGAUUUAAAAUAGAUUGAAGUCAAUGAUUAAUACAGUUCUGUUUAUAUGUUUACAUGCACCCAACAUGGACAUAAAAGACUAAUGAAUGAAUAAUAACUUUGGACUUUUUUCAGGUGAAAUGAUCACACAACAAGCAAUGUUGAUGAAUUUCAAAAGCAAGAAUUGGUUUGCAUGUUGAAGCCAGGCUCAAAUAUAUACAUAUCAAGUUUU